AUGUGGGAGUUCGACGAACUCAAAUUGUUCGAGUCUUUUGAACUGGCCGGCAUUGGUGAUAUCAGUCAAGAGAACUUCAAGUGUGGCAAUGAGACAGCAUGCUCUCCAUUGGUGUAUCUGGCCACGCAAUGUUUGGAGACUAUGAAGCGUAACAGGUCAGAGUGUUUGAGUGAUCGUGACAGAACAGUCCGAUGGCUUGUCUCAAGAGGCGCGGAUCUGAGAGAGACAUGGCCAGGAACGAACACCACCGUCGUACAUUGUUUGGCCUGGCAAUCUGCUGAACUUCUUGAGGUCGGACCCGCAUAUUCCGAUGAUCCUCCUAACAUGAAAGACGUCUGGGCGUACGAAGAUUAUGAGGCUCUUGUAAAAGAGGAUAUACUUGACGAAUGCGAUGUCUUCAUGAGGAUACUACUUGAUCUGACCCUAUGGACUGACAGCGCGGCACGCACACUCGGUCUCUCUCGACUCAUCCAUGGUUAUAUCCGCCUCUUCGUGUUCUCAUACCUAGAGAUAAGACAUACAUGCUGCGACAUCAAUCGCAUUCGUCACUGGGACGAUCCUGAUUACACCAAACGACCAUACCCUCGGUAUUCUCCUAAGGAGUUACGGCGCAUAAACGAAGAGGACGCACAUCUGCGCGCACGACUGGAAGAGCUUGUACCCGAGCUCAUCUCUCAAUACGACUCUUUCGGUGGACAGCUCCAGGACUUCGUCAUCGACGUUCUCAUUCCGACAAUGCGCAGAACUGCGAAGGAGUUGAAAGAGGAAGACAAGACACUGUACGCGGCGGGGCGAAGAGAAAUGGGUGUUGUAAUGGAUGAGUAUGAAGAUGAAUCCGAAGAGGAGGGGAAUGAUGUGGACAAGGAAGAGGCCGACAUCGAGGAAGAGUCGGACGACGAGUACUAA